UAGCUCUUUAAUUUUUUAUUUAUUUUAUUUAUAAUUAAAUUUAAAAUAAUUCCGAAUUAAAUAAAUAAAUUAUUUAAAAAUGGCCACUCGAAGUCUGACGGAAGCCUUCGUGUUGAUGCGUAAUAACGCACUUCAGAACAAACAUUUGUUCUCCGAUCAGCACAACACAAGAAAUGAAGAUAAGAAGGCAUUAGUUUCGAAGGACGAGACGGAUGUUGAACUGGGAAACAGUGCUGAUGAGGCCAACACGUACAUGUCCACACAAUGGUCCAGUAAGAUCGAAGAGGUGCAACUUGAAGUGUCAAGAAUCAAUGCAAAAAUUAGGAAGUUAUCAGAACUGCACGACAAGCAUUUGAACCGACCGACAAUGGACGACAACAUCCACGAAGAGAGACAGAUCGAAGCACUCACACACGAGAUCACAACCAUGUUCCAUAGGUGUCAGAAGUGCUUGCGCGAGAUGGCGGGAAUGUGUCGGGUGUCGUCAGGCAAGCAGGCGAGCAUGGGUCAGAACGUUGUUUCCAUGGUGGCAAGAAAAGUACAGGAUCUUUCAAUAACAUUUCGGUCAUCUCAGUCUGCCUAUCUCAAAAAGCUACAAGGUCGAGAGGAGAGGCACAGCCAGUACCUGACGCCAAAUGUUAACCUGUUCGAAUUCGAAGAAAACCCAGUCGACGAUUUUCAUUUCACGUCAGUUCAGAGGCAGGCCAUAGAGGAGGACUCCAUCCUGAUAGAGCAGAGGGAGAAGGAGAUACUUCAGAUUGUCAGGUCCAUACAAGACCUCAACGAGAUAUUCAAAGAACUUGCCGUCAUGAUCGUUGACCAGGGGACCAUACUUGACCGGAUAGAUUACAACAUAGAAAAAUCAGCCGAACACGUAGAAAGUGGAUUGGUGCAGUUACAGAAGGCGGAAAAAUAUCAGAAGAAGAACCGGAAGAUGCAUUGCAUCGUCAUCUUGUUUCUUGCGGUCAUCAUCCUCCUAGUCAUUCUCGUUGCUAUCAAGUCAUGAUUCUGUAAUAUUACACGCCAUUCGCUAAUAAAUGAAUAUUCACUAAAUGCGAUUAGUGAGUUGCAAUACAAUUAUUUUUCUUUCCCUGUUUUAUUAUUUGUAUUUAUUCAAAGAAGUGGAUACGCUUUAAUAAUAAUGUGUUUAGUUUUGGUUUGUCGUAAAUUAAGUUUUAAUUGAAAGUUCGUCCGAACCGGCCUAACCAUUCCAUUUCUACCACAGAGGGGUUUUGAUGUUAUUUUUAGUUUUGUCUCCCUUUACAAAGCUUGCUUAAAAUCGGCUACCGCAAUAACUGUCAAAAAGUCUUGCAUUUAAAAAUACAUUAAAGAUGAAUUAUUUUUAUAGUGUUUUACUAAAACUCAAAUUAUUAUUUUUUGGAAAUUUGCAAAAAAAAAAUUAAAUAAAUUUUAUCCGAUUUGUAACCAUGAAUGGACAAUGUAUCUUC